GCACCUAAAACCCAAACAAACAUCGACAGCCCUAUUUACGAAGAAGUUUGUAGCUGCGAAAAAGAAUAGUUACUUUAGUGUUUGCAGACUUUGUUUGUAUCCGAAACAUUUUUUAUCUGGGACUAUCUUCCUUUAAAGAAGGUACGCGGUAUCGUCAUGAAACACUGCAAGUUAGCUCGCUAGCACUUAGCGAGCAGAUAAAUGUGUGCUACCGCUGCUAAGGUAGCCAUUUUGAAACAGUGUUGGUCCAGCCAAGCCAGAUCCAGUCUGGUCUUGUGCACAUACGUGUGAACCAUCAGCAAGAAAAACCCAAAACUACACUGAAUUUUCCUUUUUGGGAGGGAGGAAAAAGUAGCAAGUUCAAAGAAGGAAAGAAAAGACCUAUUUUUACCAAUUUUUGAUGCAUGCUGUUUUGUUUGUCUUUCGCAGUUGCUUUUUUUCCUGAUCAGAAAAAGAAGUUGAUCAAAUGUUUCUUCGGGCUUUAUUUUUCUCUUUUGGACAAGUUUAGUUGUUUCUAAAGGACGCUCAUGCAGGCCUUUUGACUUUUGACCUCGCAUAUCUAUGAAAUCAGAGCUGAAUUCUCUAUCUGCUUCGGUCAGAGAAAUUGGGCUAAAUAAAUGGGCAUCUUACAAAUGUGAUUGUAAAACACACAAAAGUAGAACUGGCGUGAUGAUGCACCAUUCAGCGACGUCUUUAUUUCACUAACCCAGACUGAAAAUGACAGCGAUGUAACAUAGGGCUUUACUUCCUUCAUUGUCAUGUGACUUUGAAACUUUUUGCUCAUUAUUUUUCUUAGAUUGAAGACAGUCUUUUUCACCAAUUUAAUGAGGUGAGCAGUGGUUUCCAGAGCACUCCAUUGCCAAUAAAAGACUGUCUCUGAAUUAUUUUUUUUCUUUUUUGCAUGCGAUCAAGUAGAUCUUAAAAUGAUUCGGUGAAAGGUGAAUCGACUCAGACGCAUACUGGCACACAGUGUGGCAGGACAACACCUGUCUCUCUUCCUCCAUCUGGUGUCAAAGUGGAACUGUUAAAACAACUACUGUCCAUGUUUCAGGGCAGACAAUUUUCCCAGACUCUUUCCUUAUACUGAAAAGAAGACUGCCUGGUUUUUCAUCACCACUAGGGACAAAUCACCUGUUGCAGCAAUUCCUUUUUUUUUCCAAUCAGGAUCAACUACAAACUGGUUUUGAUUUUUAUUCAUGACAGUAAACAUUGAAGGAUUCAACCUGCCAGCAAUAAAAGUUCAGUAGAUUUCAUCAGAGGCGUUACUGCUAGGACUGCUUUGGAUUCUGGUUAAAGAAGGAAAACUUGCCCCUUGUAGACUUCUUUUGCUUCAUCUUCCUUCCUUCCUGCUUGGCCAGCUCUCUGGAUCCCCAUUCCAGAUCAUUCCUGCAAAAUUUUUGACUCGACUCCCAAGUGUUUCACCCUGGACCAAGGGAUCUGCCUCUGGAGAAAGGGGCUUCACUGUCCAGGCGGAGGCGGAGUGGGGGUUUUCGACGUGCUGAUCUCCGUCUGUCAGCGCACACACACUGUGAUCAGUGCCAACAGGCCUGAGGAACUGAGCCCAGCCAGACCGAGAGAGGAGGCAGAGGACUUCAGAGCCACAAACUCUGGGAUCCUGGCCAUGAGGUUUGAUGCCUCGAUCCACUGACCGGAAACACUGGACCUAAAUGGCGCAGCAUGACUUUGUCCCUGCCUGGCUUAACUUCUCCACGCCCCAGCCUGCCAAGGUAGAGGUGUGUUCCCCUGCUGCCAACCUUGACAAACAAGGUGAGCCUCACCACCACAGAGACGGCAGAACUUCUGUGAGCCGCCGCCGCCACAACUCCUCUGAUGGUUUCUUCAACAAUGGCUCCCUGCGUUCUCCAGCAGGAGAUGGAUGGCAGCAGCCUUCACUGCUACUGAGACACGACUCGGUGGAUUCUGGAGUGGCCAAAGGAGGACAUGGUGGGCUGGCGGGGGGCUCUUGUUGGAAGGAAACACCCAGCUGGCAUGGAGCCCCAAGGGGUGCCCAGGAUAGCCACCACCACCACCACCACCACCACCACCAUCCCAAGCGGGUAGCAGGCGACAGGGACAGGCAGGGGGGGCACAGGCAGCGCAACGGCAACUUCCAUGCCCGCAAGGGAACCUCGUACCAGGACAAGUUUCCCAACGAGGAACGCAAAGACGGCAAAGAUGACAAGCUGAAGUUUGUGGAGGAGGACUUUCCUUCCCUCAACCCUGAAACAACUGGAAAGCCUGGGACUCAGAUGCGAACAGUCGCUCCCCAUGCUGGGGUGUGGGAAAAUCCCCCCAGUGGCAAACAGAUGGUGUCUAAAAUGCUGGUUAUCAAGAAGGUUUCCAAGGAGGACCCGAGCACAGCCUUCUCUGCGGGGUUUGCCACCGCCGGCGCCUUGCCCACCAAUGGCAGCAAGACUCCCAUCACAGGCUCCAGCGUCUACAAAAACCUGGUCCCAAAGCCUGCUGUGGCCCCCACCAAAAGCACCCAGUGGAAAUCCGGCGGUAGAGAGAUCACAAAGUCUGGCCUUCAUGUGACAGGCCGAGAUUCAGUCUUCACCAGCCCCGUCUCUGCAGCCAAACCCAGCACCCCAGUCAGCGCACCGCAGCACAAUGCCCAGAAAGAGCACCCUUCCAGCACGACUCCUCCCAUAGACAUCGCUCCGUCAAGGCUGAAGCUGAUGCGACGCGGUCCGGACCGUAAGAGCGAGUUUCUGCGAGCUCUGAAGGACGAGGGCACCGGAGAGCUGACGACGAGCAGCAGCCCAGGAACAUCAGGAGAGGGUGAAAGCAGCACCCCAGAGCCCAAAGCCUACAGUGAGGAAGUCUGCCAUGAGAAUGGUCUGUCCUACUCCCUCAGUGACUCGGACACUGAACACUUGUCCAGCUCCCUGGAGGCAGAGCACAGGUUGCUGAAGGCCAUGGGCUGGCAGGAGUACCCAGAAAAUGAUGACAACUUCCUGCCUCUGACAGAGGACGAACUUAGAGAGUUCCAGACUAAAACUGAACAGCUGAAGAAAAAUGGCAUGCAAAGGAACGGGGUUCUCCCCAGGACACGAGGCGUGACCCUCCACUUCACCCCCUGGAGGAGUGUGGCGGAGGCGCACGUUGAGGAGGGCUCUGAGUCCGAAACCAGUAGCAGCAGCCAGACCUCUGAUGACGACGACUGCAUCAAAUCCUAACGUGGCUUUAUGGAACAAAAAAGAAAUAAAACAAAAGAAAAAACAGCCAACAACACAUCCCAGCAAGCAAUCCCCCUUCUUCCUCUCUCAUCUUUGUUUUUAGAGCACCAUUUCAAAUUUUCUUUUUGAUCUUUUUUGUUUUUUGUUUUUUGUUUGUUGUCAUUCUUGCACAAGGGAAAAACCAAUCAUAUCCCAGUGAAGAGGGAGAUUCCUGCUCUGCCAGACGUCGUUUUCCCUGCGUUUCCUCCUUCACUGCAGUCCCUGACCUUUUUGACUCCCCCUCCCCUCCAACUUCUUCCCUCCAACCCCCCCCAUACCCCCCCCCCCCCCCCUCGCUUUGUGGAACUGAAGUGUUCAUCAAGAAAAGAAGGGCAAUGAAUGCACACUUGAUUCUGCUUUAAACAGACUAACUCAUUUCAUUGAUGAUGCUGAUGACACAUUAUUAAUGAUAUUAAUAAAAAUUGGUUCCUGACAAGCUGAUAUGUUUCAAUAUGAA